AUGAAUUCGACUAGAUUAUGUCCGCACAUUGGGCAUCUUUACAGUGCUUUAAUUGCUGAUGCUUCUGCAAGAUUUCAAAAAUUACUUAACCCAAGCUUAAAUAUUAUUUUUAGUACUGGUACUGAUGAACAUGGAUUAAAGGUACAAAAAGCCGCUGAGAAWUGUAAAAUAUCUGUGGAAAACUAUUGUACAAAAAUUUCAAGUAGUUAUCAAACUACAUUUGAUAAAUUUCAUAUUAGCCAUACAUCUUUCAUAAGAACAACARCGGAAAACCACAAAAAAUGUGUACAUUAUUUUUGGAGUAAAUUACAACCAUAUAUUAGAAAAGGAAAGUAUGCUGGGUGGUAUUGCACAGCUGAUGAAACUUUUUUAUCACAAGAUCAAAUAGAAUUAGUUAAUAAUGUACGUGUUAGUAAAGAAUCAGGAAGGCCAGUUGAGUGGGCUGAAGAAGACAAUUAUAAAUUUGACCUACGUCCUUUUAAACAUGAACUUCAAAAUUGGUUGAGUAAACCAGAUAGAAUUAAGCCGAAAGUAUUCCAUGAAAUACUGAAUAGAGAGGUAAAUGAUUUAUACGAUAUAUCUUUAUCAAGACCGAAGAAUCGGGUUAGUUGGGGUAUUCCAGUACCGAGAGACGAUACACAGACUAUAUACGUUUGGCUUGAUGCUCUUGUUAAUUACUUAACAGUUUCUGGUUAUCCAGACACCAAAAUUUGGCCUCCAAAUGUCCAAGUAUGUGGUAAAGAUAUUUUGAAAUUCCAUGGAAUAUUAUGGCCCAUAUUCUUAAUAGCUGCAGGUUUACAACUGCCAAAACAAAUUUUUGUACAUUCUCAUUGGAAAGUUAAUGAUGAAAAAAUGUCUAAAACUAAAGGAAAUGUAGUAGAUCCAAUAAAUGCUGGUAGCCAGUUUACUGAAUCUGGUUUAAGAUAUUUUUUGCUUAGAGAAGGUACAGCUCACAGUGAUGGUAACUACAGUGAUCUGAAAAUUAAAAGAAUAUUAAAUGCUGAAUUAGCAGAUACAUUGGGUAACCUAUUGAACCGAUGCUGUGGAAAAGCCAUUAACCCAAAUCUCAGUUAUCCAAAAUUAGAUUUAUUACAGAUUGAAAGGMUAUUAGCUGAUUCAUAUUUCAUCGAAUUAAAUAACAAAUUAGAGGGGCUUGCAGAUAUAGUUGGAAAUCAUUACGAAGAAUUAAAUUUUUACAAAGGUAUAGAUGAAAUAAUAGCCACAUUACAGUGUUGCAAUCGAUUUUUUGAAUAUAAUAAACCAUGGGAAUUAGCUAGGCAAGAUGUCAAUAAACUGGAAUGUAUACUACAUAUAACUAUGGAGACUUUAAGAAUUACUGGGUUAGCUUUACAGCCAAUUGUCCCCGUACUAGCUAAUCAAUUAUUAAAUAAGUUAAACAUAAAUAACAGAUGUUGGAAUCAAAUGACGCCGAAGUGGAAAGAUGAA